AUGUUGUAUUUUUAUGUUUUAAUUUUUUGUAUUAUUAUUUCAAUAAACUUAAUUUUUUCAUUGAAAAUUUCUAAUGUUUUAAAAAAUGAAAAAAAUGUCAAUUUAAGCACAUCUUAUUUGGGAGAACGAAAUUUCAUUUUCAAUGAAAUCAAAUUAGAAAAUAGAUUUAAAAAUGAUAUGAAAGGAUAUAUUCAAAAUAUUAAGAAUUUUCAUUCAUUAAUAGAAAACAAGAAACCUAAUUCUUUAUUGUAUGUUCAGGAAGAUUUAACUAAUUUUCAUAAUAGUCAAUUUAUUGGAGAUAUAGAAAUUGGAAAUCCACCUCAAAAAUUUAAAGUAGUUUUUGAUACAGGAUCAAGUAACUUCGCAAUCCCUUCAGUAAAAUGCGUUAGGGGUGGAUGUGUUUCACAUAGAAAAUUUAAUCCUGAAAAAUCGAAGACUUUUACUAAAUGCUUAAAAAACAAUAAAGAAUCUAUUUAUACGUAUAUUCAAUAUGGAACAGGAACAAGCAUUCUUGAGCACGGAUAUGAUGAUAUAUAUAUAAAGGGAUUAAAAAUUAAGAGCCAAAGUAUAGGGCUAGCUAUUGAAGAAUCAUUACACCCGUUUUCUGAUCUACCAUUUGAUGGAAUUAUUGGCUUAGGAUUUCCUGAUUCUGAUUUCAGAUUUCAAAAUAAAUAUGCAACACCUUUAAUAGAAACAAUUAAAAAACAAAAUCUUUUAAAAAGAAACAUUUUUUCAUUUUAUGUUCCAAAAAACUUAAAAAAAUUAGGUUCUAUCACAUUUGGGAAAGCUAAUAACAAAUAUGUACUUGAAGGAAAAAAAAUUGAAUGGUUUCCUGUUAUAUCUAUUUAUUUCUGGGAAGUACAUUUACUAGACAUACAACUCUCUGAUAAAAGUUUGCUGGCCUUUAAAAAUAAAAAAUUUAGAGCAGCAAUUGACACUGGGUCAAGUUUGAUAACUGGCCCAUCCAGUUUUAUACAACCUUUAAUAGAAAAAUUAAAUUUAGAAAAUGAUUGCUCAAAUAAAAACAAUUUACCUAAUAUUUCAUUUAUUUUAAAAAAUGUUGAAGGAAAGAAUGUGAAGUUAGAUUUUAAACCAGAAGAUUACAUUAUUGAAGAUAUAGAUGAUAAUAAUAAUUCCGUUCAAUGUGCUAUUGGAAUAAUGUCCCUUGAUAUUCCUUCUCCUCGAGGUCCCAUUUUUAUUUUUGGAAAUUCUUUUAUUAGAAAAUAUUAUACAAUAUUUGAUAACGAUCAUAAAAUUGUUGGUCUAGUAGAAGCAAAUCAUGAUUUUUAA